AUGCUUAUUCUUGUCGCCAUCCAAGCAUUAUUCCUCCUCUCGCCGCCGCCGCCGGCGGCGGCUGCCGCCACCCCCACCUCCACCUCCUCCGGCCACGCCAUCACAUUCCCCCCCUACGAACACCUCAACGUCCAAGAAUUCAUCUCCGCCGCCACCAACCUCCGCCCCGCCGCCGCCGCCGCCGCCGGCGAUCACCCGGAAAGCAAAACAACAGAGACGCCCAUCCUCCCCAACUCCACCGUCAAACUCCAAUUGGUCCACCGGGACCGCCUUUCCUUCCGAGGGACCCUCGCCCUCGAGACCCUCACCGUCGGCCACACCACCAUCCAGAACGUCGCCAUCGGGUGCGGCCACACGAACCGCGGCAUGUUCGUCGGGGCCGCUGGCCUGUUGGGCAUCGGUGGCGGGCCCAUGUCCCUCGUGGGCCAGCUCGGCGACCAGGCUGGCCAGGCCUUCAGCUACUGCCUCGUGAGUCGGGGCGGCAGCCCCGAUUCACGAGGUUCGCUUGAGUUCGGGCGGUCAGUGCUACCUGCGGGGGCCGCGUGGGUCCCGCUGCUCCGCAACCCCCGGGCCCCGAGCUUCUACUACGUCGGGCUCUCGGGGCUCGGGGUCGGCGGGGCGCGGGUGGCCGUGCCCGAGGAGGCCUUCCGGCUGACGGAGCCGGGUUACGGAGGGGUGGUGAUGGACACGGGCACGGCGGUGACGAGGCUCCCGGCGGCCGCCUACGUGGCGUUCCGAGACGCAUUCGUGGCGGAGACCACGAACCUGCCGCGGGCGCCGGGGGUUUCCAUAUUCGACACGUGCUACGACUUGAACGGGUUCGUGACGGUGCGGGUGCCGACAGUCUCGAGGGCCGAUACUGACCCUCCCGGCGCGGAACUUUCUGAUCCCGGUGGACGAGAGGGGGACGUUUUGCUUUGCGUUCGCCUCGUCACCUUCGGGUCUUUCCAUAAUCGGAAACAUUCAACAAGAAGGCAUCCAAAUCUCCUUCGAUGCAUCCAAUGGGUAUGUCGGGUUCGGGCCGAACCCAUGACUAUUCUUGUUGCAUCCCUACCAUUUCUCCUCCUCCUCCUCCUCUCCACCACCACCACCACCACCACCACCGCCCGCCCAACGAAAACACUCCCCACCACUCUUCCCCUGAGCACGAGGCUUCCCUUGGUCAACUUGGCCAAUUUGUCCGGCUCCGAAGCCCGUAUGAGAAGGGAUGCCAUCCGCACGUCCGCCUUGGUCAACCAACUCUCUGGUAGCCCUAAGACCGAGUUAGGGCUUCUCCGGGGUGAGGUAGCCGUGAUAGUCGGCAUCGGAACCCCGCCCGUGAAACAAACCCUAGUAUUGGACACGGCUAGCGAUCUCCUGUGGCUGCAGUGCAAACCGUGCGAAAACUGCUUCGUGCAGCCCGACCCGAUGUUCAACCCUGCUAUGUCCACCUCGUUCCACGUAGUCCCCUGCUUGGGCUCGGGCGACCUAGACGCCAACUACUGCGGCCUGCUCGACUGGUGUCGCCCAGGCUGCGAUGCCGACGGCCGCUCGUGCACGUUCGCCUACUCGUACGCGGACAAGUCCUACUCAAGAGGAACCCUAGCCCUCGAGACCCUAACGAUCGGCGACAUGGAGAUCACCAACGCGAUCGUCGGCUGCGGCCAAUCAAACAGUCUCACGACGAGCGGGGUCGACGGGAUCCUCGGCCUGAGCAAGGGGUCCACUUCGAUCAUGAGCCAGUCAGCCAAGGUUGUCGGCCAAAUGUUCAGCUACUGCCUAAGCGGCAGUGGCGGAACAAACGGCGGUGGGUGGCUCGAGUUCGGUCGGUCUGAUCUUCCCUCCGCCGCGGCCGCGUGGGUCCCGCUCGUCACCAACCCGAAGAUUCCGUCGUUUUACUACGUCACGCUCACGGGGAUCGGCGUCAACGGGGAACGGGUGCCGGGAGUGACCGCGGACACGUUCCAGAUAUUGGAAGGGGGUGACGGAGGGGCGAUAAUCGACACGGGGACAACAAUCACGAGGCUUCCAGAGGGCGCCUACGUGGCGCUACGAGACGCAUUCCAAGCGAAGAUGAAGGGCGCGGCGCCAUUGAAUUACUCGUUCUUCGACACAUGCUAUCAGGUGAGCAGAUCGGAGACAAUACCGACUGUCUCGUUGUACCUAUCAGACGAGCCGAGCCCAAGCAUUACGAGCAAGUGGCCAAUGUUCGAGGUGGAGCAAAGCCUUAAUUGCCUUGCGUUCGCCCCAACACCGCCGGAUUCGAGCCUAACCAUAAUCGGCAACAUUCAGCAACAAGGGACUCGGAUCACCGUCGACCUGGGGAACAAGAAUAUUGGGUUGGGGCCCGAUGUUUGCUGA